AUGAGUUCAAAUCCAAAUGACAACCCAGUUGAUGAGCCAACCCCUGAAGUUCCACCGGGAUUCCAACCCCAACCCAAUCCUGUUCAAAUGUUUGUUGAUUUUCUUCAACAAAAUCUUCAAGCUAACUCAGAGAAGAAUUCUUCAAGUCAGCUUACUAAACCCACUAUUUCUUUUAAAUCUUUCAAAUCUUUGCAACCCCCAGAAUUCAAAGGAACGGUAGAUCCCGUUGAAGCCAAGAUAUGGCUACGAGAGAUAGAGAAGACUUUUGAGAUAGUCGGUGUAGAAGAAGAGAAGAAAACUAUUUUUGCUGCUUUUAUGCUUAAAGGUGAAGCUAACUACUGGUGGGAAGCUAAGCGAGUAUUAGAGGGAUCUAGUAUUAUAUCUUGGGCUAGGUUUACUGAGUUAUUUCUAGAAAAAUACUUUCCUAAACAUCUAGAGAAUCAAAUGGAGCUCAAGUUUCUGGAGCUCAAACAGGGGAAUAUGUCUGUAGCAGAGUACGAGGCUAAAUUUACCGAGCUUUCUAGGUUCGUUCCGCAUCAAGUAGAUACGGACGAGAAGAAGGCUAGACGUUUUCAGCAGGGCUUAAAGCCCUGGAUCCAAAAUAGAGUUGCUGUUUUAGAAAUCACUAGCUACGCAACACUAGUACAUAAGGCUUGUAUUGUUGAGUCAAGAAAUGAGCUUUAUAACAAAGAAAAAGGCGAUAGGAAGCGAAAACCCCCACAGAAUAGUCAGAGUUCUGGCAAAAACCCUUGGAACCCGAGUGUGAAGAAACCUUUUAUAAAGAGAGAAGUGCCACAGAAUCGAGAGGGAAGUCAAAGAUUUAGGACUGCACAAACUGCAAAUGUGUUACAAGGAAGACCUCCAUUACCAGAUUGUAAGACUUGUGGAAAGAAGCAUCCACCCCCAUGUUAUCAGGAGUCCACUACUUGUUAUAAUUGCGGAAAGAAAGGUCAUUACGCCUCUGCCUGUAAGGAGAAGUCAAUUACAUGUUUCAAUUGUGGAAAGAAAGGACAUGUGGCGAAAGAGUGUAGACAAACCCAACAGGAGAGUGCUACACCAAAACUACCUGCACCACUAGAGAACAAGAAUAACAAGCCAACUGCGCGAACCCUCAACAUGACCCUGAAGGAUGCUAUGGUGGAUAAUGAUGUCAUAUCAGGUACGCUCCUAGUAAACUCUGAAAAUGCUUGUGUGUUAAUUGAUUCCGGAGCAAGUAGAUCUUUUAUUUCUAUUCGACUCAUGAAUAAGUUAGGAAUGGAAUCUGUACCUUUAGGAGAAAUGAUGAAUAUAGAAAUAGCCAAUCAAGAAGUAAUCACAGUAGAUCAGGUGUGUCCAAACUGUGAAAUAUUAGUUCAAAAACAGAACUUUGCGAUAGAUCUUAUUCCUAUUAAACUAGGAGAGUUUGAUGUGAUUCUUGGAAUGGAUUGGUUAACAAAAUAUGAUGCGCAAAUAAACUGUAGAAGAAAACGUGUGAGUUUGAAAGGUGCUAAUGAAAAGAGAGUCAUGGUGAGAGGUCAAAAGCAAGCUAGAAAAUUUUUGACAAUUAUCCAAGCAAAGAGAUUUCUUAGACAAGGAUGUCAAGCAUAUUUAGCUCAUGUAGUAGACGUAAGUAAGGCAAGCCCUAAGAUUGAUGAAAUUCAUGUAGUAAAGGAAUACAAAGAUGUAUUUCCUGAGGAAUUACCUGGAAUACCGCCUGAUAGAGAAAUAGAAUUCACCAUUGAUCUUGUCCCUGGUACGGCACCAAUAUCUAAAGCCCCUUAUAGAAUGGCACCCGCAGAAAUGAAAGAGUUAGCAACUCAGUUGCAAGAAUUGCUAGAUAAGGGAGUGAUUCGACCGAGUGUGUCCCCGUGGGGAGCCCCUGUUUUGUUUGUUAAAAAGAAAGAUGGAAGCAUGCGAUUAUGUAUUGAUUAUCGAGAGUUAAAUAAGAUGACAAUUAAGAAUAAGUAUCCUUUACCUAGGAUUGAUGAUUUGUUUGACCAGUUAAAGGGAGCAUCCUAUUUUUCAAAGAUAGAUUUGAGGUCUGGAUACCAUCAAUUGAAAAUCAAACCCGAAGAUGUACCUAAGACGGCCUUUAGGACUAGAUAUGGGCACUAUGAGUUUCUAGUAAUGCCUUUCGGAUUAACUAAUGCCCCUGCAGCAUUUAUGGAUCUUAUGAAUAGGGUAUUCAAAAAGUACUUAGAUAAGUUUGUCAUUGUUUUUAUUGAUGAUAUCUUGAUUUAUUCUAAGACGAAGGAAGAACAUGUUGAACAUCUUAAGGUAAUUUUGGAAACUUUGAGGAAAGAAAAGUUAUAUGCUAAAUUUUCAAAAUGUGAGUUUUGGAUGGAGCAAGUACAGUUUUUAGGACAUGUAGUAUCUAAGGAAGGAAUAUCAGUAGACCCUGCAAAGAUUGAGGCAGUAUCAAAUUGGGAUAGGCCUAGGACCCCGACAGAGGUAAGAAGUUUUCUUGGAUUAGCAGGAUAUUAUAGAAGAUUUGUGAAAGAUUUCUCUAAGAUUGCAACUCCUCUGACCAAAUUGACUAGGAAAGAAUAA